AGUACUUUACAAAGUAUUCCCGCCAAGUCGGACUUAAUCGGGUUUGAUGGCGUGUGUGAAGAUUUAAUUUUUGGUUCGUCGGUUCUGUUACAAAGGAAAUCGAACAAUCGUAGCUAUAUCAAGCAUCUUGCAGUAAUAUACAAGGAUUUCUUUCGUGGUGACAGUGCAUCGUAAACAGCAAAAUGAGUCAACCAAGUUCUCCAAUACAUUCUGAUCGACAUACUGAUGCGAUGAGCCAACAGACCUCUCCUGCACCUGAUAUAGAUGAGCCAUUUGAAGAUGAAUCAGAUCUACUCGAUGGAGAAAAUAAUGAUAAUAAUGAGGAAGAGGAAGGAGAGGAACUAUUUGGAGAUAAUAUGGAGGCAGAUUAUCGACCCAUGUCAGCAUUGGAUAGAUAUGAUCCCAAUUUAUUGGAUGACGAUGAAUACUCAGAGAUGUCUCAGGGUGAACGUGUAGCUGCAGAAGCAGAAAUGCGAAAAAGAGAUCGUGCGGCUGGUAUUUUAAGGGAUGAUCGCGAUCUUCUUUAUGAUGAAACUGAUGAAGAAGAUGUGCAGGCACGCAAACGACGUAUGGCUGAAAAGGCUGCUACUGGCACGUUAGAAGAUGCAGAAAUGAUUGAGUCCAUUGAAAACUUAGAGGAUACCAAAGGACAUUCGGUAAAGGAAUGGGUUAUGAUGCUAGGACCACGAACGGAAAUUUCAAACCGCUUUAAAAGCUUUCUUCGUACUCAUACAAAUUCCAAGGGACAGUACAUGUAUAAAGAACGUAUUCGUCAUAUGUGUGAAAGUAAUCAGUCCAGUUUCAUAGUGGAAUUUCCUAUUCUCGCCAGUAAGGAACAUGUUUUGGCCUAUUUUUUACCAGAAGCGCCAUUUCAAAUGCUUGAGAUAUUUGACGAAGUGGCGAAGGAAUUGGUGCUUACAAUUUUUCCCAGUUAUGAUAGAGUUACAACAGAAAUUCAUGUGAGGAUAUCGGAAUUGCCGUUGAUCGAAGAAUUACGCACGUUCAGAAAACUUCACUUAAAUCAAUUGGUCCGAACUCUUGGAGUUGUAACGGCGACUACGGGUGUCCUGCCGCAAUUAUCGGUGGUGAAGUACGAUUGUGCAAAGUGUAACUACGUUCUCGGACCGUUCGUCCAAUCUCAAAAUACAGAAGUUAAACCGGGAUCUUGUCCCGAGUGCCAGAGCAUUGGUCCAUUUACGAUCAAUAUGGAGCAAACUAUAUACAGAAACUAUCAAAAAAUAACAAUACAAGAAUCUCCGGGUAGAAUACCCGCUGGUAGAAUACCGCGCAGUAAAGACUGCAUUCUCUUAUCCGACCUCUGCGAUCGUUGUAAACCAGGAGACGAGAUAGAUGUUACAGCUAUUUAUACCAAUAAUUAUGACGGUUCUUUGAAUACUGAACAGGGCUUUCCAGUUUUCUCCACAGUAUUAUUAGCUAAUCACUUAUUUGUCAAAGAUUCGAAAGAAAUCGUAGAUUCUCUGACGGAAGAAGAUAUCUCGAGUAUACUCGCUUUGAGUAAAGAUCAACGCAUCGCGGACCGCAUAGUCGCGAGUAUCGCGCCUUCAAUUUACGGCCAUGAGAACAUCAAGAGAGCCUUGGCACUGUCGAUAUUCGGAGGCGAGCCAAAGAACCCUGGUAACAAGCACAAAGUUCGCGGUGAUAUAAAUGUCCUGUUGUGCGGUGAUCCUGGCACCGCUAAGUCGCAAUUUUUGAAGUACAUAGAGAAGAUAGCGCCGAGAGUUGUUUUUACCACGGGUCAAGGCGCUUCGGCUGUUGGUUUGACCGCUUACGUUAGGAGAUCACCCAUAAGCCGAGAAUGGACCUUGGAAGCUGGAGCUUUAGUUCUCGCCGAUCAUGGAAUAUGCCUCAUCGAUGAAUUCGACAAAAUGAAUGAUCAGGACAGAACAUCUAUCCACGAAGCUAUGGAACAACAAAGUAUUUCUAUUUCUAAAGCCGGUAUUGUUACGUCUCUUCACGCCAGAUGCGCAGUGAUUGCCGCAUCUAAUCCUAUCGGUGGUCGAUAUGACCCCAGUAUGACCUUUUCGGAAAAUGUGGAUCUUUCGGAACCGAUUCUUUCGCGGUUUGACGUGUUGUGCAUAGUCAAAGACGAGAUCGAUCCCAUGCAGGAUCGUCAUUUGGCCAAGUUUGUUGUAAAUUCGCACAUCAAGCAUCAUCCUACAGAUAACACAGAGAGAGCACAGGCCGUAGUAUUGGAUCCCGCCACGAGGGAUCUGUGUAUUCCACAAGAUCUUCUAAAAAAGUACAUCGUCUACGCGAAGCAAAACGUACAUCCAAAACUGACCAACAUUGAUCAAGACAAAGUGGCAAAACUGUAUAGCCAAUUGAGACAGGAAAGUUUGGCGACUGGAAGUUUGCCAAUUACUGUGCGCCACAUAGAGAGCAUUAUUCGUAUGGCGGAGGCUAGUGCUAAAAUGCAUCUGAGAGAUCACGUUCAAGAGAGCGACAUGAAUCUGGCUAUCAGGAUAGUUCUUGACAGUUUCGUUGACACGCAAAAAUACUCUGUUAUGAAAUCUAUGCGUCAGACGUUCCAGAAAUAUCUAUCGUACAAAAAAGAACAUAACGAACUCUUAUACUACAUACUACGACAAAUCACUUUGGACACUCUGGCGUUUCAGAAAGCUUUGCACGGUGGACGUAUCACUACCGUCGAGAUUUCGGAGAAGGAUCUGUUGGAACGGGCGAAACAAAUUGAUAUACAUAAUCUACAUUCAUUUUACGAGAGUGACAUAUUCAAGAUGAACAAUUUUAUUUACGAGUCGAGGAGAAAAGUGAUUGUGCAGACUCUGCCCGAAGGUAUCGAAGAUUGAUUCGAAAAAAAGCGACAUUAUAUUUUUAUAUAUGUAUUUGAAUUACACGUAAUAAAAUAGCGAUUUUUUUUCUAUCCACACAAAACUUUUAUAUCGACACAUUAGUAUCGUAAUGCAUGACAACGAUUAAUAUCACUUUUUAUGUCACUAUUGAAUACUGUUGUUCAAGUAUAAUCAUUGCGAUUCUAUCAUUAAAUAUAUUACGUUUCUAAUAAACA